AUGUCGGCAUCGGAAUCCUCAUUCGAUUCCUCACACAGACCCUAUACACCCGACGCAAGAAAACCUGUAAAUUCACGAAAAAGCGUAAUCAACCCACAAUCACAGUACUUGCGCGAUGCACUCGAUGCUCGAAGAGCGCACAAGGCACCCAUUCCGUCACCCAUCGAUGUGAGAGCCCCAGCUCUGACUACUUCAAACCCCGCCAGAACAGAGACUCCAAAACUAUCGCCUGAUAUGUUCAUGGAGUACGCCCUUAGCGAAGAGCAAACGGCUCCUGUUUCCCCAGUCCGCCGUCGACAACUAAGCGAUGCUCCACUACCCCGCGGAAAGACUAAUCGCGAGCUGACGGACGAGAUACAGAGGCUGAAGGAUAGUCUCAUGACCACGAACAUGCGCGUAGAGCUGCUCAGAAAGGACAACUCUAAACUGCAGCACGAGGUGACUCAGGCAAAAGAAGAGCUUGAGCCAUUGGAACACAAGAACAACAAGCUGAUGGAUAAGAAUGAAGACUUGGAGGCUCAGAUGGAUGAUAUGGAAAAGGAAAUGCUGCGCUUGCAGGGUGAGCUCAACGAACAACGAGAGUCCAACAAGGAACUCAUUGCCAUCAACGAGGAGUGCUCGGCGCACUGGGAGAACCAGGAAGCCGCUGUUAAGGAAGCAGCCGAGAUUAUUACCAAACUUCAAGAGGAUAAGUUAGCUCUUAAGAACGAGCUACUUGAUCUCAAAGGCCGGGUAACAGCCUUGGAGACUGGUUCUAGCCCUUACGGGCAUGUGGAUGGUACAGCCAGAUGUCCAUCACGCAUCAAAAGUAUUGACGAUUCGCGACCUUCAACUAGCAACUUUGGUGAUUCCGACUACUACAGCCAGGCAGACUCGCCUCCCCGGCCAGGUAACCAGUCUAUCCACUCUCUUACAACCUCGGAACGUUCGGUCAGAUUUCAUGAGCUGAGCAAGCGAAAUCGCCGAUCCACGCAGGACCUCCAGAAGCGCAUGUCAGCGGUGAGGGUCUUAGAGCUCGAGGAAUCUCCCAUUCCAGAUAUGCCGCAAAUUCCUUCGUCUUUUCAGCAGGAUGCUCAAGACGGGGAAAGCUUUAUACGCAGCUCAAAAGCACAUCAUCUCAUGAGACCACCUCGGUCCUUACUCGAUGCACCACCUCCCUCUCCUCCGUUGCGUCCUGCAACAGUAGCUCCAAUGCCACGGGCACCUCGUCAUGAAGAACUGAGGGGCUUGUAUCAUCCUGACCGAACGGGCGGAAGCAGGAUCGUGAACACCUCGCGUCCUUCAUCGAGCCAUGGUUCGACCACAUCCGCUCCAAAGGCUGGGAGCCGCCAUGGGUCCAUCGUCGAAGCAUCGCCAAUCGCGCCGCCGCGCUUAAGUAGCCAUCGUGCUCAAACAAGCAUUCCAGGCGAGAAAAUAUCCCUCCGUCACGCGCAACAGCCAUCUCGGCGACAAUCAGAACAUGAUGUGUAUCCUCUCGGCCAUGCCCAAACAGAGUCUUUAUCGUCAGAGUGGGCUCCCAUGGCCCCUCCUCGCUCUACGUCUAAUAUUCCUGGUCGUCUAACCGCCGAAGCAGAUCCACAAGCUUGGUUAAAAGACAUUGAUCGACUGACUCGGACUCAGCGGCAGGAGCAGGCGCAGUCAUCGACGCAGGCAGCACCUCCCCGUAUAAAGUUCGACGAAGAAAGCAUUACUUCAGUGAAAAAGUCUAAGACUGUGCCAUCGACCCCAUUGGCAGAGGGGAGGGAGUUUCUGUUCCAUGCCAAGGAGGAUGAGUUAAGCUUCAUGAGUAGGAUGAAGUCAAAGAUUGGUAGUAGCAAGAGAGCAAGGUCAAGAUCAAGGGAGCGGGUGCGCAAAUGA